AUGGAAACCCGGCCGAAUGUCAAGUGGGCUUCGUUGAGCUACGUCUGGGGUGGCCCACAGGAGACUAGAACAACUCGAACGACGCUGUCCAAACAUCUCGAAGGGAUUGAAAUGGAUGUAUUGCCGCAGACCUUGGUGGAUGCCAUCAAGGUCUGCAGGGGACUGGAUAUCCCAUAUUUAUGGAUUGACGCACUCUGCAUUAUCCAAGAUGAUACAAGCGAUCUAUCACGUGAGCUCGCUUCAAUGCCGAAGAUCUACCAAGAGGGCUAUAUUACCAUCGAGGCAGCUCGGGCCCAAGGGGCACAAACUGGAUUCCUGGGCAAGACUGUCUAUUCAUAUGACUCGUUUCCACCGACUCAGAUCAAAUAUGAGUCUAUUGAUGGUCGAAUGGGACAAGUACUACUGUGCCAGGACAAUCACGAGAAUAUUUUGACCGGGGAUCCUAUCAACUCUCGAGCAUGGACCUUCCAAGAGAUCCUGCUCUCUCCGCGCUCACUUCGCUUCACCUUGGACGUGAUGCGCUGGUCUUGCAGAUCCGCCCGUAGGUUUGAUGGGAACUGGAAAAAAGCAGACCGGCUCUAUGUAACUGACACUUAUAACUGGCUUUAUGGCGAUGUUCCUUGCAUUCCCGGGAGACCGAUGCCGGCCUGGGAACCAGUAGUAAACUCGUAUAGUGGAAGGAAGAUGACGAACCAGUCCGACAGACUCGUGGCUAUUUCUGCAAUAGCCAAAGUCUACGGAGACAGCAACAAGCACACAUAUUUGGCUGGUUUGUGGAAGGAGACCUUACCACUUGGUCUUUGUUGGAUGGUUGAGCAAGGCGCAAGAGAGCCUAGACCGAAGGAAUUUCGUGCACCGUCGUGGUCAUGGGCGUCGAUUGACACUCCCUUCUGCUUCGUUGGAAAUUGGUGGAUCAAGGAGGGCAGAACAAAAGAUGGCCACACUGGCCUAUUCAUCGGCCAGGAGACAGUGUCUGACGGCGUGGACGUGAUUGAAGCGAAUCUAGAACCGACAAGUGUCGGUACAGAGUACUUCAGCAUCAAGUCUGCAUCAUUAACAAUCAGGGCUCCUACAAGACUGGUCAAAUGGGACAUCGAUUAUCGUGACGGCAUAGGUGAGAUAUCAAUUGAUGAUAUCGUGUUCACAGGCUACGCAGACGCCUGGGAAGACAACUGGCCAGAUAAAGAGACUCUCCUCGAGGGCCUUAGUGGAAAAGGCUCUUACGAAGCUGCCGAGGAGAACGAUGACCAAAGCUCUGUAUCUUCAGAUGAUGCAUAUGGGUCUUUGCAAGUGAUUGCGAUGCUAAUUAGCAAGUCUAGUCACUAUGAUCACGGCUACUUGGGCAUAGACGCUACAACAACGCUGGGGGACAAUUAUUUGCUGUCUAGGUGCGGCAUUCUUCUUGUGAAGGAUGGACAGCAGUACAAGCGGGUAGGGUUUUUCCGUGGGUACGUGGAUGAGGAGCUGUACUCAUGCGAGGCAGCAAGUUUACCUGGUUUUAAGGUUGACACCAUCGCCAUUGUCUAG